GCAAUAUGAGGCCAGGUUAAAAAAAGCAACGUCAGCGAUAUACACAAAUGACGGCGUCAGAAACGCCUGAAGAAUAUGAAGCCAGGUUAACAAAGCAACGUGAGCGAUACACACAGAUGAUAGCGUCAGAAACGCCUGAAGAAUAUGAAGUUAGAUUAAUACAAAGCCGUGAAAGACAAAGACAGCAGUUGGGUUCAGAAACGCCUGAACAUCGCGAUACGAGGUUAAAUAAACAACGAGAGCGUACCCAGCAAUGCAGAGCUAAUAAUCUGCAGGCAUUCGAGAAUGCUAUUAACACAAUUUGUAUACAUGUUUGUGAUAUUUGUACCAAACGUUGUUAUCCUAAUCAAGUUCGUACAGUUCGGUACAACGCUGCUGCAUUAACAUACAUGUGGAGUUAACUUCGAAAAUAUCAUUGUUAUUAUGUUCCCGCUGUCAAACACAUGUUACUAGUAAUAAAACAACAGCACCACCAAAAGCUUACUGGAAUAAUCUGGAUCCAGGUUCUAUACCAGACGUUAUUCAAACAUUGACACAGGCGGAACAACGUUUGCUGUGCAGAAUUAUUCCCUUUGUUAAAAUCGUGAAAUUUAGUGGCCUCUAUGGGCAGUACGGUUUUCGCGGACAGGCAGUUUUAUUUGCCCAAGAUAUCUUUGAAGUCAGUGAAAGACUGCCUAGUAUGCUACCAAGAUCUGCAAGCCAGGUAGGCAUUAUUGUAGUAACCGAACGAUUAGAAAAUUUGAACAUCACCAGGGAAUUCACAAUAUGUCGCGAAAAAGUCUAUAGUGCUUUAAGAUGGUUAAUCAGAAAUAACCCGCUUUACAAAGAUGUACGUAUUGACGACAAUGCCCAAAUUAGUGACCAGGAGUUAGUACGACUUAGUGUGCCCGAAUUGUCUGAAGAUGAAGCGUCCGAAAGGAAUGAAAAUGAAAUUCGAAAUGCAUUCAUUCCAAUUAAUCAUGUUGCAAGAAUUAUUCGAGCUUCAUGGCAUCAAGGUGACUACAACGUCUUUACUUCGCGAUAUGCUGGUGUACAAUGUAGUGCUAUGUCGUUGGCGAACAUUGUCCGAGCUGCAAUCCUAAGCCCUAAUCAAUGGGACGUCAAUAUUCUGAAUGCUAAUAUGUUAACGGGUGACUCCUUAUAUUGCUGGCAUUUACAAAAUAAAAGCGCAGGAUCAGCUAGUACACGCCACACGAAAUGCAGACAAUGUGGAUAUAGCUACUAUAAUACCAGCUGAUAUCAACAAAACUGGGGGUUUACCAGCAGAACUGGAAAUAUUUGUGGGGGCAAAAGUCAU